GCGCCGUGAUUGGUUUAGACAUAGUCGGCUGAUUUGAGCUGAGUGUAAAGGACAACUUGAGGUGCUCUAUUAUUUCCGGAAUUGUACAGCGUCAAUGGUCAAAACCCACUUGUUGCUCGACAAGACCACUCGACAACUUGCCUUCAAUUAUUCUUUAUAAAUAAUUAAUACUUAAUACUUAUCACUAAUUAUCAUCGUGAUUAAUAUCACCUGUAAGCUGUGUUAAAAGUAUUUAAUCAUGAGUGAACCAACGGCAGAUAUCGCAUUGAUUGGACUGGCGGUAAUGGGCCAAAAUUUGAUAUUAAAUAUGAAUGACCAUGGGUUUGUGGUAUGCGCCUACAAUCGUACGACAGAUAAAGUAAAGGCUUUCCUUGAAAAUGAAGCCAAGGGAACUAAAGUUAUUGGAGCAUUUAGCCUAGAGGAAAUGGUUAGCAAACUAAAGAAACCUAGACGUGUAAUGUUGCUGGUAAAAGCCGGGUCUGCUGUUGAUGCGUUCAUUGACAAGCUGAUACCUCUAUUGUCAGCUGGAGACAUAAUAAUUGACGGUGGUAAUUCUGAUUACCGGGACACUGAGAGACGGACGAUUGAUUUGGAAAAACGGGGGCUUUAUUACGUAGGAAGUGGAGUCAGUGGUGGAGAAGAAGGUGCCAGAUAUGGACCAUCACUGAUGCCUGGUGGAAAUCCAAAGGCAUGGCCGCAUAUCAAACCUAUUUUUCAGGCUAUUUGUGCUAAAGCAAAUGGCGAGCCCUGCUGCGACUGGGUUGGAGAGACUGGAGCUGGACAUUUUGUUAAAAUGGUCCACAAUGGUAUUGAGUAUGGUGACAUGCAGUUAAUUUGCGAGGCUUAUCACAUUAUGAGAGACGCAUUGCUGAUGAAUCCUGAAGAAAUGGCGGGUGUGUUUGAACAGUGGAAUAAAGGAAAACUGGAUUCAUUUUUAAUUGAAAUUACGCGUGAUAUUUUGAAGUUUAAAGAUGAGAAAGGAUUUUUGUUGGAGAGAAUUCGUGAUACUGCGGGUCAAAAAGGAACGGGUAAAUUAACUGUAAAUGCAGCUCUUGAGUAUGGAGUACCGGUUACGCUUAUUGCUGAGUCUGUUUUUGGAAGAUUUAUUUCAGCGUUACAAAGUGAAAGAAUUGAAGCCAGCAGCGUUCUUGGCGGGCUAUUGGAUGUUUAUAAAGGAGAUAAAAAAGAAUUCUUGAAGGAUCUAGGUCAGGCAUUGUAUGCUGCUAAAAUAAUUUCAUAUGCUCAGGGAUUCAUGUUGAUGAGAGAAGCUGCCAAAGUUAAUAACUGGAACUUAAAUUAUGGAGGCAUCGCUUUGAUGUGGAGAGGUGGUUGCAUCAUCAGAAGUGCGUUCCUGGGUAACAUUAAAGAAGCCUUUGAUAAAAAUCCAAAGCUCUCGAGUCUGCUGAUGGACGACUUCUUCGCUCGAGCGAUGAAAGAGUGUCACGUGAGCUUGAGAAAAAUAGUAUCAGCAAUUGUUAUGAUUGGGAUUCCAAUGCCCGCACUUUCGAAUGCCAUCGCAUUCUAUGACUCAUACAGAGCUAAGAAAUUGCCCGCUAAUUUGCUCCAGGCUCUGAGGGACUACUUUGGGGCCCACACUUACGAAUUAAUUGGCCAAGAGGGAGUUUUCGUCCACACAAACUGGACCGGCCGUGGUGGCAAUGUCUCCGCAUCCACUUACGACGCAUAAAAUAAAUACUUAAAAUUUUAAUUCCAAGCACUUCAGUACAAUAAAACUUUAUGUUACUUUAACCGGUCAGCCUUCGCUAUCUGAACUUGCAGACAAACAGAUUUUUUUUACACAUCAAAUAGCUGACGAGCUGAUGCAGACCAAACUGUGGAAAUAUUUAAGUCAAUUACAGUAACACCAAAACUAAAGUUAACAAUCACUGUACUCUCUUAUAAGAUUAUUAUUAAAUAAUAAUUACUAAGUGUACUCUAAAUAAAGUCCGAAUGUAUUAAAUAUUUUUGGUAAUAAACUAGUAUAUAGAUAA